CCAGCAGCCCUUGAACAGAGCUCUAGAAACUGUGAAAGUGCCUGCAGCAUAAACAAAUCCAGAACUCUCCUAGGACAGAGAAUUUGCCAACGGAAAGGCCCAGGCUUUAUGCUUUUAUUCCAAGCCUAAGGUAGAAAUCUUGAGAAGACAAGACAGACCCAGCAUCAGUGGAUGUCCCUGCAGCAAAACAAGGAUGGAUGAGGAGUUAACAGAUGGGGUUGUCUUCAAAGACCACAAUUUCUCCUCUGACUUGUUAAGACAGCUCAAUGGCUUAAGACAAAGCAAGAUCCUGACUGAUGUAACCAUCUGCUCUGGGCCUUGGGAGGUCCCUUGUCACCGCAAUGUGCUGGCCUCCAGCAGCCCCUACUUCAAGGCCAUGUUCUGCAGCCACUUCAGGGAAAGCAGAGAAGCCAAAGUGCAGUUGAAAGGCAUCAAUUCCACAACUCUGGAGCAGGUCAUCACUUACGUGUACACGGGAGAAGUGCACAUCUCAGCUACCAACGUCCUCCCACUGAUGGAGGCUGCUGCCAUGCUGCAGUAUCCCCGGAUGUUUGAGGCCUGCUCCUCAUACCUUCAGGGCCAGCUGGCCCCCAGCAACUGCCUGGGCCUGAUCAGACUUGCAGAAACCUUAAGCUGUGACAGCCUUAAGAAGAAAGCGAGGGAGGUGGCCCUGACUUACUUCCCGGAGGUGGCAGCAUCGGCUGACCUGAAGGAGCUCUGUGCCAUGGAGCUGAGGGACUACCUGGGAGAUGACAGGCUCUGUGGUGAGGAGGAAAAGGUGUUCGAGGCCCUCAUGGCUUGGGUGAAGCAUGACCUCCAAGCCCGGUGGAGGUAUAUGCUGGAACUUCUGCAGCAAGUUCGUAUGCAGUACAUCCACCCAGCCUUCUUCCAUCACUUCAUUGCCAAUGAUGCCCUCCUCCAGGCCUCACCUGCAUGCCAGGCCAUCCUGGAGAUGGCCAGGAAGCAGAUAUUCUCUUUAUAUGGUCCCAGUGCCCAAGACUGUAAACUUCUAUGGUACACGCCCCCAAGGAGCUCCUACCAAGACUUCCUCCUCCUCCUUGGGGGACGGAAGGACAACCAGCAGACCACCAGGGAUGUAUUGCUCUACAGUAUACAGACUGGCCAGUGGCAGAGCCUAGCCAAACUUCCCACAAGGUUGUACAAGGCCUCAGCUGUCACCUUGCACCGAAGUGUCUAUGUGCUCGGGGGCAUGGCUGUCAGGGAAGGGAAGAGCCUCAUCAGCUGCGGUGUUUAUAUCUUCUCUCUGAAACUCAACCAGUGGAGGAUGGGGGAGCCCAUGCUGGCAGCCCGCUACUCCCACAGAAGCACUGCCCACAGGAACUUCAUCUUCUCCAUUGGGGGUACUGGAGAAGGGCAGGAGCUUCUGGGGUCCAUGGAGAGGUAUGACAGCAUCCGAGACAUCUGGGAGAGCAUGGCCGGCAUGCCCAUGCCUGUACUCCACCCUGCCGUUGCAGUCAAGGACCAAAGGCUCUAUCUUUUUGGGGGUGAGGACAUCAUGCAGAACCCUGUGCGCCUUAUCCAGGUUUACCACAUUUCCAGAAACACGUGGUACAAAAUGGAGACAAGGAUGAUCAAGAAUGUGUGUGCCCCUGCAGUGGUACUGGGGGAAAAGAUCGUCAUUGUAGGAGGUUACACAAGGAGGAUUCUUGCUUAUGAUCCUCAGUCCAACAAAUUUGUCAAGUGUGCGGACAUGAAAGACCGAAGGAUGCACCAUGGGGCCACGGUGAUGGGGAACAAGCUGUAUGUGACGGGUGGACGGCGGCUGACCACAGACUGUAACAUCGAGGACUCAGAUUCCUUUGACUGCUAUGACCCAGAGACGGACACCUGGACAUCCCAGGGACAGCUACCUCACAAACUCUUUGACCAUGCCUGCCUGACUCUCCAGUGCAUACCGCACAUGACCAGCCUCUCAUGAGGGCCACAGGAACUUAUCAUGGUUCAAAAAACUGUGGUCUGAGGGACUACAACCCAGUUCCAAAGGCCUAGAGCUGGGAGAAGUUAAAACUACUACUCUCUACAGAGCAGUCUUCUUUUUAAAAUGCCAGUGGAUGCUUUUUAAAAAUUCCAUCCUUACCUCUUAAACCAAUGUCAGAAACUGCACUAUUAUAACUGGAUAGGUCUAGAUCAUAUCCCUCCAGAUGGAGUGGGGUUAACUACUUGAUUGACAACCCAAACUGCAUUAAAUAAGACAGAAGAGGUUUCUCAGAGGAUGAAAGAAUCCUGGACACAAACAUGGGCACGUACACACACAGACACAGACACAGACACACACACACACACACACACACACACACACACACACUUUGCCCAGGUGACCUUAACAUCCAAGAGAACCCUUGGAAUCACCCCUCAGGCCAGGUGACAGCAUGUGAAACCAGCUGUGACUGCUCCCAUACAUUCUAUGGAUACAGCAGAUUGAAAGCAGGUUCAGUUCAGUAUCUACCUAAGGUUUACAAAAUUAUCCUGCAAUGAAGAACAUAAGAACAGAACGAAGUUUGUUUCUGGUGCCUGUUUUUCUUCCAGGCUCCAGAAAGGUAUAAAGCUGCAUAAUUAAACCAGAGCUUCAUUUCAAUAAGUGUUGUGAGAAUGACCUUUCUGAGGAAAGCUAACAGAGUCUCUCAGCAAGCCUCUGGAUGUCAGGGCUGACCCUCCCUGUGUCCCUUUUACUUCCAAUCGCCCCUUAUACUCCGCUCAGUGUCAAGCCCAUGACAAAGCUGAUGUGCCCUUCAGAGGUUCUCAGUGCUGCCCGAGGGAUCUGAUCAUGGAGAAGACAUUUGGAAACCACAUUGAGCAAUCUCAUUCAAGAUGGAUGCCCAGGGGUUCUCUGAAGUGAAGUCCACAAUUCUGUAUUUCUGAAAGGCAUCCUAGGUAGAGCCACGGUGGAGAACUGCGGUCUGGUUCUGCUGUGAUCACUGAAGACUACCAUAGCUACUUUCUUUCCCAUCCUAUCCUGGCCAAACUACUGUACAAUAGUACAAUCUCUGUACUGUAAGUCAAGUUAUCUCCCAUCCAUGGAAGAUUCUGAAAUAAGUUCUGCUGUUCUGUGCCUUGUUCUAGAGUGCCCACAUGCUGGAGCUGCUCUUCCUUCUCAGUGUUGCUGUUCUGUGCCUUGUUCUAGAGUGUCCACAUGCUGGAGCUGCUCUUCCUUCUCAGUGUUGCUGUUCUGUGCCUUGUUCUAGAGUGCCCACAUGCUGGAGCUGCUCUUCCUUCUCAGUGUUGCUGUUCCGUGCCUUGUUCUAGAGUGCCCACAUGCUGGAGCUGCUCUUCCUUCUCAGUGUUGCAAGGGUUUCUCCUCCUUUCUUCCUGCUUUCCCACCUUACCACCUCUCAGGCUUUCUCUAUGAAGCAAUGCACUCCGUUGUGGGGCAGGGACCCUGCCUGCACCAUUGUCCCUGCCUCCCAGCCUACACGCUGCCCCCUUCUCUAACCAUCUCCCCUUUUUUGAAACAGAGUUUCUUUCAGCCUAGGCUAACUUCAAACACUAUGUAGCCUUGACCUUCUAUUCCCCCCACCUCCACUGCCUGAGUUGCAGUAUUACAGGUAUGUACCACCAUUCCUGGUUUAUGCUUCAUUAGAGAUCACACCCAAGGCAUUGUGCAUGUAAGACAAGGGUUCCACCAACGAACUACACUCCUAGCUCUAAUCCAUUCUCUUUGAAGUCUCUCUAGUCAGGUUCUUGGUCCUAUCUGUCCUUGAAUAUGGACUUGGAAAGGUACCCAGUAAAGCAAACACUGCCCAAACAGACCAGUUUCCUUCAUUGCCCACACUGACUGACCACACAGUACCCCACUGCCCACCUUGAA